AUGUCCGACAAUCGUGGCCGUGGCGGUAGGGGCCGUGGCGGCGGCGGCCGCGGUGGUGGUGGCCGUGGCGGCGGCGGCGAGUUCCGCGGCGGUGGUGGUCAAGGCAAUUAUGCCGGCGGCGGUUAUCGCGGUGGCGGCCGUGGAGGUGGGGGUGGUGAUAAUUAUCAAGGCGGCGGCCGUGGAGGUGGCGGCGGCGGCUAUCAGGGUGGUGGUGGUCGUGGGGGUGGUGGUUACCAGGGCGGCGGCGGCGGCGGCGGCGGCUAUCAGGGUGGUGGGCGUGGAGGUGGAGGUGGGGGUGGUUAUCAAGGCGGCGGUCGUGGGGGCGGUCGAGGUGGCCGUGGCGGCUAUUCUGGCCCCGAAGUCUUCGGUUUCGGCCAACAGAUCCCACAGCCUGACAAAAACGUCACGAAUCUGGAGGACAAAUGGAUCAAGGAGCAAGGCCAGAUAGAGUCUAAGAUGCCCGCCCUGUCCGUCUCUGAUCCGUCUGAUGGCCGUGCAUUAUUGCCUGGCCGGCCCGGUCUCGGCACCAACGGCGAACGAAUUGUGCUCUGGGCCAAUUACUUCAAGAUGGACGCCAAGGUUGCGUACUUGUACCGGUAUGACCUCCGAGUCUCUCACACAAAGAUGUCAGAGGAGGAGGGUGAGCCCGCGAAAAAGAAGGUCAAAGCGGAGGGCAACGAAGACGCGAAUAAUGGAAAAAGGGAGGCCAAGGGCAACAAGCUGGCCAAGCUCAUCGAACUCGCUCUGGGCCAGCUGCCGCGCAAUUCCGUGGUCGCUACCGAGUACAAGCAGCAGCUCAUCACGAAGGAGAAGCUCGAACUUCCGGCAGACGGCCACGUGCCAGUCACUCUUGUCGAGCCCAACCGUAAAGACGAGACGUGGUUCGUCCGCUUUGACGGGCCAUCCACCAUCAACGUUCAAGGCUUGAUGGACUACUUGAAGUUGACCGAGAAGGACAACGAUGGCGUUUUCCCGAAGUAUCCCGAGGAGAUUGAUGCACUCGGCGUCGUUCUUGGCCACACUCCGAGGUCAAACGCGGGGACCGCCGCCGUCGGCCGGAACCGUUUUUUUGCCGUCGACUCUACGAAAGACGGGCAAAAGAUGAACCCGAAGAGCUACAUUGAAAUCCUACGUGGCUACGUCCAGAGCGUUCGCCCAGCGACCGGCCGCCUACUGCUCAACACCAACGUUACACAUGGCGUGUUCCGGAAAGAGACUCGGCUCGAAGACUUGUUCAGAAUGAACGAUGUCGCACACUUGAACACGAGGGGCGGGGACCCGAAGACUCUCGUGGAGUUGCACAAACUCCUCUCCAAGACACGGAUUCGAUGCAAGAUCCCCGCAGAUGACGGACAAUUGUAUGUGAGUGAAAGGGGUGCGGCCGGCCUAGCCAGAGUUGGGGACGGCGGCAAGGAAGAAAAGGAUAGACCGAUGUUCAAACCCAACUCGGGUCGUUUCGGCUGCCCUGCCACGGUCAAAUUUUACCUUCGCCCUUCAGAUAAGCCCCCUCCCCCUGGUCUCGUGUACGACAGUUGGGUUAAGGUCGACGAUUAUUACAGAGCUACACUGGACAACAACGAGUUGCUUGCAAACUUUGGCAUCACGGUCGACAAGCAGCUCAUCACAGUGGAGGGCCGCGAGCUUCGCCCUCCCCCCAUCAGCUACUUGAAAGGAAAUAUUGCCCCGACGGACGGCGGUUGGCUCAUGAAGGGGGCCAGGAUCUGUCAGCCCGGAAGGCGCAUUGCCAACUGGACGUACCUGACGAUCGGGGACGGAACGUCGGAUCGGCUCAAGAGGGCUGUCCUGGACUUCGCCAGGUUCUUGAACAACGACAUGGGCGUCCCCAUGAACACCCAGCCAGCUCCGGCAAACGGCUACGUAUCAGCCAGCAACGAACAGAGCUUGCAAAACGUCUUUAAAAAGAUCUCAACACAAAAGCCUCAGCCAGACUUCCUUCUGGUGCUUAUUCCGAACAAGGACGCUGUCACCUACAGCAACAUCAAGAAAUGCGGCGAUUGUCUAUUUGGCAUCCCCACCGUUUGCUGCCGCGAGGAAAAGAUUACGGACCCGAAAGGCCAGAAGGGAUACUUUGCCAACGUUGGCCUGAAGGUCAACUUGAAGUUUGGCGGUGUCAACCACAGGGUCCAGGACACUACCGGGCUCGUUGCGAAGACCAUGUUCGUGGGAUACGACGUCACCCAUCCCACCAAUCUUUCCGCCGGGGCAGCCGAAAAUGCGCCGAGUCUGGUCGGAUUGGUGGCGAGCGUUGACAAGGACCUCGCCCAGUGGCCGGCCGUGACGUGGGCGAACAAGGCCCGGGUCGAGAAGGUUGGGCAAAACGAUGACGGCCAGUUUGUGCGCCACUUCAAAGACCGUCUCAGGCUCUGGCAGGAUUCGAACAACAAGCAAUUGCCCGAGAACAUCAUCAUCUUCCGUGAUGGUGUAUCGGAAGGGCAGUUCAACAUGGUCCUCAAGGACGAGUUGCCCAACAUCCGCCAGGCCUGCCGGGAGACGUACAAAGCGGGAAAGAACUCGCAGCCGCGUAUUUCUCUCAUCGUGUCGGUGAAGCGGCAUCAGACGCGCUUCUACCCUACCGACCCCAGCCAUAUGGGGAGGUCUAAAAGCCCCAAAGAGGGGACCAUCGUCGACCGAGGCGUCACCAACGUCCGCUGCUGGGACUUUUUCCUCCAGGCCCACGCGUCUCUCCAGGGCACGGCCCGCCCCGCCCACUACACGGUUUUGCUAGACGAAAUCUUCCGGUCCAAGUUCGGCGCGAAGGCGGCUGACGUUCUGGAGAAGCUCACGCACGACAUGUGCUACGCCUACGGCCGCGCCACCAAGGCCGUCAGCAUCUGCCCGCCCGCGUACUAUGCCGACCUAGUUGCCACGCGGGCCCGCAUCCACAAGGACGAAUUGUUCGACGACGCGCGUACUGAGACUGGGGAGUUGUCGACGCGGUCGACGGCAAUGGGCAGGACUGUCCACGAUAAGCUGAGAAACACCAUGUACUACAUCUAA